AGGAAGGGUGGCCACCAAUAAGAUGGAGGGAAAUCAUGAAGCAGCAGAUGAAGGUUCCAGUCAAGUUGGGAAGGAGGUGUUCGAGGAGGCCGGUGGUGGCGGGUCGUGGAUCCAGUGGGCUAAGGACAAAAUUCAGAGUGGUCUUGGGUUGAAACAUGAUGAACACAAAGAACAAGGGGUUGAGGAGGUGAAUGACAAGAUUCACCAAGUUAUUAAUGAUACUGGAGACCACAUAUCUGAUGCUGCCGGAGAUGCCUACACCAAGUCACAGGAAGCUGCUAAUAAAGCCUGCGACAAGACGAAGGGAACUUGUGAACAAGUAAAGGAAAAAACAUACGAAUCUAAGAAAGGUGCAGGCAACAUGGCCUCAAAUGUGAAGGAUGCAACUGUUGAGAAAACCCGAGAAGCAACAGAAAAGGGUUACGAAACAGCUAAAAAAGCUGCUAACAAAGCCUCGUCAAUCAAGGAUGAUGUGGUUGAGAAGGCCCAACAAGCUGGGGAGAAAGUUCGAGACUUGACACAAGAGGCUGCUAACAAGGCCUCGUCGAUCAAAGAUGAAGCGGUUGAGAAGGCCCAAGAGGUCGGGAAGAAGGUUCGAGACACAACAAAAGAGGCGGCACAGGAGACUGCGAGCAAGUCUUCAUCGAUGAAAGACGCAGCGAUAAAAAAAGGCGAAGAAAUGAAGGAUUCGGAGAAGGUGAAAGAGGCAAAGGAUUAUUUGGCAAAGAAGGGGAAGGAGGCUAAAGAUUAUGUUGCUCAAAAGGUCGAGGAUAUAAGGGAAACAGUAGGAGAUAAAGCUCCUGAUGUUCGAACCGCAGCACAAAAACAAGGGAAGAAGGUGGCUGAGGAUUGGGAUUUGACUGAAGAUGAGGCUGUUGAGGGGGAGACGGUGGACGAGUUGAGUUGGGCCAAGGAGAAGGCAAAGCAAGGGUAUGGUGCUGCAAAGAAGAAGGUUGCUGAAACAAUUCAUGGUGCCAAGAAGAAUCAACCUUUUAAGAAGUCCCAUGAUGCUGAUGAGCUUUGAGUCUUGACUGUUAUUGUGGCUGUUUUAGC